CAUGUACUUCGCGCCAUAGAACAAAUCCACGAACCACGUCUAAAUGUCACGAGAUCUGCAAUAGUGUUGGGAGUGAGCACCGCCAUCGGCCAUAAAAACGAGGAAUGACUGAGAAGGACACUGUCCCGCGUAAAAAGGCAUGCAACCACUGCUCUAAAGCCAAGGUACGUUGCGAUCUGAAGAAACCAAAGUGCACCAGGUGCAAAAACAGAAAUAUCAGCUGUGAAUAUGUCUACGCUAGAGGUGUAGACGAUCCAUCAAGCGUCGCACCUACUAUUAUUCAAAAGACUAUUCCCUUCAUUAAUGACUCAUCUUGUCCGCCGGAGACGCUCGAUUUCGAUAAUGUUAGCCUGAUCCGCACCUUGGACGAUGACCGGAUUCGGGCACGAUGGCUUGAAACUGUACUGCCUUCACCAGAACACACUCCGAAAUUAUAUCAAGCGUCGACCAUGGCGUUUUUGGCUAGUAUAAUGAGGUCGUGGCCCGGUAUCUUCUUGUUCAACGAAGCUCUUCCCCCUUUCAUACAUUGGACACAAGUGGCCGUGACAGUCCCUGUGUCACUCUCCAGUUGCAUGACCUUGUCCCGCACAUGGAAAACCCAGACUCCUGGCAGUGAGAGCAUGGUUUGCAGUGUCAUUGAACAGGAGAUGCGUAAACUCAUCGAACAGCAGGUCGACUGCAACCACAUGGAACUUCUCGCGACAGUACAGUCGUACCUCCUAUACGCGAUAAUGCUCUACUUCACACCAAGGUCCGGUUCAAAUUAUAUCGAACAAGAUACCAUGAUCAAACUACAAGCGCUGACGGCUGACCUGGCAAGUAAAGGUACCUUAUGCUGGGCGGAAGCACACGGCACCCGUCCAGGAUGGGAGUCAUGGAUCGUUGCCUCCGCAAGGCGACGAACAAUGUUCGCAGCAUACUUGUUUGACAACCUUGUCAAUUUCAACCUUGGUUCGCCAUCAUACAUUGCCACAGAGCUUGCAAGCAUACCAGCUCCGGGAAGCAAGCGAUUAUGGGACGCAACAACCCGGCAGUCAUGGAAUGCCGCAUAUAAUCAGCAGUUGAGUCAAUGGUCUGAUGGGGAACUUCUCAUAAGCGAUCUUUGGCCGCACAAUGAACCGCCAUCCGACUCUUUGAAGCGAAAAAUCGACCAAUGGCUGAGUUCUGUUGACGAAUUUGGCAUGAUGCUAUACUCUGUCACAUCGCACACUUAUAAUCACUGACCUUGAGCUUGAGCUUGACCAAAUUCCACAUCUCUUCUGAAAGAUUCGACCAUCACUCAAUUGAUACAGACCCUGAUCUUUCGAGUCUGUUACUCCUAGUCAGAAAACGCCAAGAUGCCUACGAGGGGCAUGCAUGGCGACACAAAUGUUAGCUCCAAUAGUCUCUAUCUGAUUCUGACUUCAAAAGACGUCUGGAAGGCUUGGAAUUGACUGUGUAGCAAGGUCGAGAUGUAAUAAUGAGGAGGUAUGCCACUUCAGGAGAGCUUUGCGCGAUAUUCAUGCUUCAAAGUAUUGCACUGCUAUCAAGGGAAAGCACAUGCUCUGAUAGGCUCACAAUUGUCUAGAUUUUCCGGUCGGCGAAAUAAAAAUAGGAUGUGUUGGUGGCAUGAUAGGCAUUUUUUAC